AUGGAUUCAGUGUUCAGCAUUUACAACACAGUGUUUUAUGAGAGAGCAGAUCCCCGUGUGAAAGACUGGCUUUUGAUGAAAUCGCCAUGGCCAAUAUUCUUUAUCAUCGUGACGUAUCUGACCCUGAUCAAGGUGAUACUCCCAAAGCAUAUGAGACACAGGAAGGCAUACGACCUGAAGACCAUAAUAAAAUGGUACAACAUUGUGCAGAUCAUCGCGAAUUGUGUGGUCACUUGGGGCAUCUUGACCUCAGGCUGGACAACGACCUACCACAUGGGCUGCGUCCUCCCAGACUACUCAAUGAAACCAGAACCGGUCAGAAUGCUUAGGUUUCUCUGGUGGACGACAGUGCUGAAACUUUUAGAGCUGUUUGAGACAAUGUUCUUUAUAUUAAGAAAGAAAGAGACGCAGGCGUCGUUUCUACACGUUUAUCAUCAUGUCAGCACGCUGAUCAUUAUUUGGUCUGGAGUGAAAUAUGUUGGAGGUGGUCUAACAUCGUUCCCACCCAUGCUGAACAACGGAAUACACGUGAUAAUGUACAGUUACUACCUCCUCUCCUCGGAAGGAAGCCCUAGUGUCAAGGCCCGCCUUACGAAGUACAAGAAGUGGCUCACGAUAAUGCAAAUGAUCCAAUUCACCAUAAUGCUUAUACAUUCCUCUCAAGUGUUCUGGCCCAACUGCCCUGCCCCUCUCGGUGUGACUCCACUCUACUUUUCAACUGUUGUUACCGUGUACUACAUGUUUUACGACUUCUAUAAGAAGAAUUAUAAGCAGACCGAGAAGAGAAACAAGAACAAGAGUUGUCUCAAUGGGGUUAAAAAUAACUGAUAAAUGUGUAAAAAUAAAUCU